ACCGCUUGUUGCCGACGCGAGUUCUGUGCAACGGUGGACGAGAGGUUUCCCGAAGGCCGCUCGUGCGCGCCGUCAAGCUACCGACCAGCCGUAAAUUUCCGCGGAAGAAGCUUACGACCGAUCUCGAGAGCUCGCUCCUCGGCGAGGAGGGCCCGUCGUCGCGCACCUCCGUCCUCGCGAGCGCGCCGCGUCGCGGAAUUCCGCGCGUCCCGCCCGGCUUCGCAGGAUCGUGCCAUAGUGACAUCUCCCUCGUAUAUAUAUUUACUUUUCAACGCUGCGAUUUUCAACGUCAGAGACUCGACGAAGAGGCAGAAGUAGGAGAAAGAAGAAGAGGGGGAAAAGGAGCGCGGAGCCAGCGCUCUUUCAUAUAUAUUUUCUACGUCGCCGAUUAAUAUCUCGAAUACAUCUUCGAGAGAGUCGAGGAUAUAGAGGAGUCUAUAUCCAUCGUCUUCGAGAUAUGACGUCGACGAUGACGACGACGACGCCCGGGCCGCGGCGCGCCACCGAGUCGCCCCUCUAGACUGCGCGCGCGAGCCGCGACUGUCAAGCGCCGCGCACGUAAAUACGCGCAUGCGCCCACGUGACUCCGCGCAUGCGCGCGCGCACGCCGCCGAUAUACACCGUGUGCGCGUCGUUUCUCUUCCCGUACGCACUCGCGCGGUCACAUAUACACACGCACGUAGCUCGCGCAGCGGCGAAUCUCCGCGAUACCUCGUCCUCGUACUCGCGUCCGGGAAGUGAUCCCCCUCGGCGUUCUCAAGUUCGCCAGGAUCCGGAGAAUCGUCCUUUUGAACGGCUCCCUCGAAUUUCUCGCGGACGCGGAAUCUCCCGGUGAACCACCGGAGAGGUUAGAAUCGUAUAAGGAAAAGUGAGAACGGGCCUUUUUGUGUAUUAUUAUUAUCAUCAUUAUCGUCAUCGAUUAUCAUCACCGUCAUCAUCAUCGUCACCAUCAUCAUCAUCGUCGUCGUCAUCGAGCGGCAUUUCGGGACCGAGGAAAUUUCUGUGACACAAGCGGGAUCUUAAAUCCGUCCGACUUGCCGUAAGCUGUACCGUGGCCUUUAAUAAGGCUCGGCACGAGUGGUGUCAGGAGCGAAGCAGGUUCGCGCGCGGCAUGAAAAAAUGAUGUGAUCGACGGUCAUCAUGGCGGCACCCAUGCUAAAGUGGAAGCGGAUCGCGAAUCCGACCGGGCCCCAGCCGAGACCCAGGCACGGCCACCGGGCGGUCGCGAUCAAGGACCUCAUGGUGGUCUUCGGCGGCGGAAACGAGGGUAUCGUCGACGAGCUGCACGUAUACAACACGGCAACAAACCAAUGGUUCGUGCCGUCUACGAAGGGAGAUAUCCCACCGGGAUGUGCGGCGUACGGCUUCGUCGUCGACGGGACGCGCAUCCUGGUGUUCGGUGGGAUGGUGGAGUACGGCAAGUACUCGAACGAGCUGUACGAGCUCCAAGCGAGUCGAUGGGAAUGGAAACGUUUGAAGCCGAAGCCGCCUAAGCACGAGCCACCGCCGUGUCCACGUCUGGGACACAGUUUCACCCUCAUCGGCAACAGGGUCUUUCUCUUCGGCGGUCUGGCGAACGACAGCGACGAUCCGAAGAACAAUAUACCGAGAUAUCUGAACGAUUUGUACAUUCUAGAGCUACUCCCGAACGGCCAGACGGCCUGGGAGGUUCCUCAGACUCAUGGACACGCGCCACCGCCCAGAGAAUCUCAUACAGGAGUCGCUUACACCGAUCGUACGACAGGCAAAUCCUGUCUGGUGAUCUACGGUGGAAUGAGCGGUUGUCGUUUAGGUGAUCUGUGGUUUCUUGACGUUGACUCGAUGACAUGGAACAAACCGAUAGUCCACGGACCUACUCCUUUACCGCGAUCAUUACAUACUGCCACUUUGAUUGGUCAUCGUAUGUAUGUAUUUGGUGGAUGGGUGCCGCUGGUCGUCGAUGACGUUAAAGUCGCGACGCAUGAGAAAGAAUGGAAGUGCACGAGCACAUUAGCUUGCUUGAAUCUAGAAACUUUAACUUGGGAACAAUUAACUGUGGAUUCUCUGGAAGAAAAUGUUCCACGCGCUCGCGCCGGCCACUGCGCAGUUGGCGUCCACAGCAGGCUCUACGUAUGGUCCGGUAGAGACGGCUACCGCAAAGCUUGGAACAACCAGGUCAGGGUUUGCUGCAAGGAUCUGUGGUAUCUUGAGGUUAGUAAACCAGCGCCGCCUUCCAGGGUUCAACUGGUCAGGGCUUCCACGCAGACGUUGGAAGUCAGUUGGACCGCGAGCUCCUCCGCGCAAUACUACAUCCUUCAGAUACAGAAGUACGACAUGCCGCCAGCGACCCCCGGCGCCUUUCCACCUGUCAGCGCGCCGACUCCUGUCGCUCCUAUUGUUAGCACUUCUCCUACUGCAGCAGCGGUGACGACUCCCGCGAUGGUGGCGACUCCCACCACCGUCCCGGUCACGUCUCCACCUGUAACCACGGUAGCCGUUCUUCCCGCGACCAUCCCGCCUGUUGCAGCUGCCACUGCCUCUAGAUCAACAGUCACGUCGACGGUGGCGACUCCGUUGCGAGUCCAGUCCACCGCCCAGAGUCCCGUACAGAAGGUGGUGCCAUCGCAGGUGGUGCAGAAGCCGGCUAGUCCCUUGACUCCGAGAGUCGUGACCGGCAACGUCAUACGUAUUCGUUCUCCUCUGGUAACUUCCACGGUCGCAGCAGCGUCAGCGGUGGCGGUGGUCACCACCGAGCAGCAGCAACAGCCGCAGCAACAGCAGACUAUUGCGACUACCGCGACCACGACUGUGGCCUCGGGCCAGACACCAGCGGCCGCGAUGUCCGGAAUAGCUGCUCUAGCCGCUGCGGCAGCCGCUACUCCCAAGAUCACCAUGAACAACGUUAUUCUGCCACAGACUGGAGCCGCGACCGCGACCAAUACCAUCAGGAUGAAGAACGUUCAGCCGGGUCAACAGAUACGCUUCGCCGCGCCGGGCGCUACGGUGUUGCGCGCCACUUCGCCGCAACAGAGCAAGCAGAUCAUCCUGCAGAAGCCUGGUCAGAAUAUUUCUGGUCAGCAGAUCAUGCAUCUUUUCAAGACCGGACAGGGCAUGGUAACCACGGUUCCCAAGGUAAGCCUAAUCCCUGGCAAGACUGUCCAGGCGACCGGCGCGAAGCCUGUCAACCAGGGACCGACAAUACUGCGACUGGUGAACCCCAACACGGUGGCAGGCUCGAAGAUACUCACGACCAUGAAGACGUCCAGCAUAGUCGCGAUGAGCAAGGGACAGAACAUCACGGGCAAGCAGACUAUAAUGAUCACCAAACCAGGAGGCAAUGGUGGCCUAGGCAGAUCCAAUCAGAUUAUCGUCGUUACUACGGGCUCGAGUCUUAGAGCUGUGCAAGCUGUGACUACCUCGCAGGCUGGUGCGGGACAAGGAGGUAACAUAACCACACCCGUGAACGUUCUGCCAUUGUCUGCUACGAAUCACGUCACGAAUCAGCAAGGAGUCAAGAUGAUCGUCGUCUCUUCGGGCGCGAUGGGCGGUGGAACUGCCGGCAAACCUAUCACUAUCACAGUCCCAGGACAGGGCGGUGUACCAAAGACAGUGACUAUCGCUACGAAGGGCAAUCCGCAAGCUAUCUUCAAUCCUGGCAAGAGUCAAAUUGUUGCCGUGCCGCAGAUACAAAAAACUCCUGAGGCAGUGACGAUGUCUGGUAAGCCAGUGACUCUGCAAAUGUCCGGAGGUAUAGGUGCAAAGACAGUGACGCUUAUGCCAACGAGUAGUUCUAUAGUGACUACUUCGAGUGCAUCAGACUCGAUAGACGCCGGUAAGAUGCUUUUCGUAUCUUCGCAGAAGCAACCUUCAGCUUCCUUGGCAUCCACGUCUGAUGGCCCAGCUACUACCGAUGCCGCAUUAGCUGCGUUGGCGGCAGAAGCAGGUCUGAUAGAUCCAGUUCAGGAACCGUCCGGCGGCUUGUCAUUUAUGGUAGCCACGGACGACGGUGCCGGCGGUGACGACAAGAUAGAGGACAGCUGUAACGGAAACGAGGCGACCACAGCGGCCGCCCUGGUUUCGCAGAUGGGCGCUGGUGAACCGAUGCAGGUCGACGGCGACGGAAACUUUGUACUUCCGCAAGUAGACGGACCUAUAGAUACUCUAUUAUCGGACGACGAGGAAAAGAUGGACGUAGACGAUGGACCUGCCUCGGAAAGCGCCACCGAAUCGGCUAACAUUGAUGAACCGGCGACAGUCGCGGAACACGACGCUGAUCUUCAGGCUGAAAAUGUUAAGACAGAAGAGUCUACGAUAAAAGAGGAAGCCGCCGUGCCGGAAACUGCAACGACCGAGCUUCCCGAAUCGAUUACAACUGCCACCGCUGAUGAAGUUUCGAAGAAAGCUGAUAAUCCAGCUGAUGACGAGAGCGGACCUAUCGAAAGCAGUGCUGAUGAUAAGGGACGACCGAGUGAGAAGGAGGCGGAUAUUAAAGCGUUAAAUGACGAAGUGAAAACGACGAAACUCGAUUUACCUUCGGUACAAUUGCCUGCGGAAGCUGCAUCUGAACAACAGACGGCUUCAGUUGACGCAGAUCCAACAACGAUGGAAACUGACGAAACCCAACAGAGUGAUAGAAGUCCCAAGGAUGCCAAGCUCAAAUCUGUCGAAGACGAAAAGCUCUCGACGACUGAGAAUCUAUCCACCGAAGAUACGGACACGUUGUGUCUUCCCAAAGAUGAAACUCAGGAGGCUGAGAAGAUAAAGGAUGAAAAUGUGGAGCCAGAAUCUGCCGAGCUUCCAGCCGAGGGUUCUUUCGUGAAGACGGAAGACGCCAGUGAGCCGAUAAUCGCUGAUGAUAACACGUUGACCGCGACAGAUGCGGUUAAUGUGACACCGGUAACGACUCCCGUCGUUGCACCAAGUGUACAAAUGAAACUGGAACCGACCGACGAGUCUUCUAUGGAGCAGGACAGCAAAUCGACCGAUCUACCGAUAUCAUCGAUCAACGGUAUAGCUCUGCCUCUGGAGAAGGAAACGGAAGGUACACCGAAAGGACACACUCCUGUGAAAAUGGAAGUGAAGGACGAAUUGCUCGUGUCUUCGAAGAGAGAAAAUCUGAAACAGGAGAAGCUCAACGAUACCAGAUCGGAAACUGGAGACGACUCGACGGCUCUGACGACGUUGGCCACCGCUGCCCUGGGAUCGGCCGAGUCGCCGAUAAAAGUUAAAAGCGAACAGAGCGAGGAGGAGAAGAAGGAAGCGGAAUGGUUCGACGUCGGAGUGAUCAAGGGCACCACCUUUACAGUCCAACAUUAUUUUCUUCCUGGCGACGAGCCGCUAGAUAUUACACAAUCCUUGACAAUGGAUGUCUUCAAGGGAAGAGUCAAAGUACCAUUAGAGCCUGGAACUGCCUACAAAUUUAGAGUCGCCGCUGUAAAUACUUGCGGACAAAGUGCCUGGAGCGAGGUAGCAGCAUUCAAGACGUGUCUUCCGGGAUUUCCGGGUGCACCGAGCGCUAUAAAAAUAUCCAAGUCCGCAGACGGCGCGCAGAUUUCUUGGGAACCGCCGCCGAGCAACGUCGGUCCCAUCCUCGAAUAUUCCGUUUACUUGGCAGUGCGGAGUACCGCGUUGAACAAUGACGGAGAACCAAAAACAGUCGUGUCGAAUCCAAAUCAGUUAGCCUUUAUUAGAGUUUAUUGCGGUUCGAGUAAUUCCUGUUCGGUGAACAAUAGUGCCCUUAAUGCCGCUCACGUGGACACCACUACGAAACCGGCCAUAAUCUUUAGAAUAGCAGCACGAAACGACAAGGGAUACGGACCAGCUACUCAAGUCAGGUGGCUGCAAGCAGAUCCAACCACCGCUGUAAAAAGUAAUCCUCAGGUGAAGAGAUCCGGCGCCGACCUACGUUCGCAGGUGACCUCCCCGCAGAAGAAGAUGAAGAUGGAGACAACCAAUUUCUCGUGAGCCCGUACUCUCCCUGGCCUCGUUUACUAACCGUGAAGUCCCGCGCGCGAGCGAUAAUUUACUCAUUAUUUAAUUUUACACACGCCUAAACACAACGAUAAAAACGAAAUCAAUAUGUAUUUAUCGAGUUUUAAACAACGUGAUAUAUAAGUGAAAAUGGAAAAAGAAAUGCGACAAAUGCUCGAUAAAAGAAAAAAGGAGAGGGAUAGGGGGAAAAAAGGUGUGUGUGUCUAUAUAGUUAGAUUUAAUCUACGUGUAAGAACUAUAAAGAAAAGUAUUUUUAAUGUUCUGUA